UCAGGAGCCAAAACUCCUGAAGCUGUAGUAAUACAUCACUGUAAUUAUUGUGUUUCCCUUAUAAGUUUUCAUUAAAGAUUCAUUAUGAGGAGCUCAUCCUUAGUAAACUGUAAAUGUUCUCUGUUGUCAUUCAAAGUGAGAGGGAUAAGGAAACUAAACUGAAUGAAUGAAUGUACAGUACUAUGAUACAGGCCCGUUACAAACCAUACAUGGAUUAGACACUAUGCAGACAAUCCUCACACUUGCUGAUGAAUAAUGACUAAACCUCUGCAAAUGAACAAAAGAAAUGUGUCUGGCUUCUGUUCUAGACGGCUGAUGGCACCAGUCUUUCCCACUCGUGCGUCAUUCAGUGGUGAAAUGUAUUAGAUAUCGAUUUCAAUUCUGUUCUUUUCAAUCUCACAGUAGAUUUCACUCUGAGGGAACAGUUUAGUGUUAGAAAAGACCCUGCGAGGAUUUCUGAUAUUCAGACACCGAUUCAUUCUCUGUGUUUCCUCACUGACUGUGGUUUGAUUUGUUGGAUCAUCAGAGUAGCAUUUUAAUGGUUUGUUUGACUUGCUGUAGUUGCUGAUAGCAACGUUUAAGAUGGCUUCUGUUCAUAUUUUGAGUUGCCACUGCUGACUGAACAGGGAAAUAUGAUUUUCGGACAUGGCUAUUCAUGGUUUAUUCCUUUUCUCUCUUUCAGAUGUAAAUGGAGAACCUGCUGUGUCACCAAGACAAACUGGACAUUCACUUCUAAAGCCCUUUGCCUUGAAACAGAAACAGCAUCGCUUCUCUCUAAAGUAAUAUAUUACUCUCAAUUAAUGUCAAACUGCACGCCGGAGCAGCUUAAUGCUGCAUUGCUGGGUGAAACAUUGCUAAUGGAAAGAAAUCCCUAUAAGAUCCAACUCAUCACAAUUCACCUACAUGCAGCAUGAUGCCCUCAAAGGUGUCAUGUUUAUACCUGCUGACAGUGGUCUGCUGGGCGAGCGCUCUCUGGUACUUGAGUAUAUCUCGUCCGACGUCCACUUACGUCGGCCACAUGUCUGUGUCCGUACGCAAGGCGGCGAAGCCCCACAAAAAUAUCUCCUUCAGCAACAUCCGCGCCCGCCCCCUCAACCCACACGCCUACGAAUUUGUGAUCAACGAACCCAAGAAGUGCGAGAGUGUCACUCCCUUCCUGGUCAUCCUCAUCAGCACCACGCACAAGGAGUUUGAUGCAAGGCAAGCCAUCCGGGAAACCUGGGGGGAUGAGAGCACCUUCAGUGACAUUCGUGUCCUCACCAUCUUCCUGCUCGGCUGGAACACCGACUCCGUCCUGAACCGCAUGGUGGAGCAGGAGAGUCAGAUUUUUCACGACAUUGUGGUCGAGAACUUCAUCGAUUCUUACCACAACCUCACUCUCAAGACCAUGAUGGGCAUGCGCUGGGUGGCUACCUUCUGCCCCAAAGCACAGUAUGUCAUGAAGACAGACAGUGACAUCUUUGUCAACAUGGACAACCUGAUCUACAAGCUCCUGAAGCCCACCACUAAACCGAGAAGACGAUAUUUCACCGGCUAUGUGAUCAACGGUGGACCCAUUAGGGACAUGCGCAGUAAGUGGUACAUGUCCAGGGACUUGUAUCCUGACAGUAAGUACCCACCUUUCUGUUCGGGCACUGGAUACGUGUUCUCGGCAGACGUGGCUGAGCUAAUCUUCAAGACUUCACUUCACACGAGACUGUUGCACCUGGAGGACGUGUAUGUGGGAUUGUGUUUGCGUAAACUGGAUAUACACCCUUUUCAGAACAGUGGCUUCAAUCACUGGAAAAUGGCCUACAGUCUGUGCAGGUAUCGACGCGUCAUCACGGUCCACCAGAUCUCGCCGGAGGAGAUGCACCGCAUUUGGAAUGAUAUGUCCAGCAAGAAGCACCUGAGAUGUUAGUGGACAUAAGGACAACUGAACAAUAUACAUAUAUAUUUUUUUUUUGUUCCUUUUUGAACUGAUUAAUGUAAACCAUUGAGGGCUGCUACAAGUCUCCAUCACAUGAUAGAUGUUCCCAUCGCUACCCAUAGCUGUCUGUUUCUGCUGAUUGCACCUCAUGAUUGUUAGUGAAUGCAUGGGGCUUGUAAAGUGCAUUACGCUCACAUAUACUGUAGUUAAAAAGUCAAAAUCUAUCAGCUUUGAGCAUUAAAG